AUGAAAAGAGAGGCGAAGAAGAAUGAAAGAGCGGCAGCAACAGCAGCAGAAGAAGAAGAAGAAGAAGAAGAAGAAGAAGAAGAAGAAUACGAAGAAGAAUAA